AUGGAAAAGGUUGAAAUUCAUCAAGUUGAUCAUGAGUUCAGUUCUGAAUUACUUCCUAUCGAUAGCGAAUUUAGAUUGGACAACGACAAAGUUGAUCAUAAUAACGAAGGAUGUAUUGAUGAAAUGAAAUUGAAAGAAGAACCCGUAAAGUUUUAUUUAAGAAAUUUGGCGCGGAAUUACUAUAGCUCUCUCAAGCAUCAGUUAAUGUUUUGUGAAAUCAACCCAGAAUACGUUCGAAGUCCGGUAGAAAGUAGUAUUGGUAUUAUUAGAUUUAGUAUAGAUCACGUAGAGCCAUCAGACCUUAUGCAAGAUAAAGAAGUUGUGUCAUCAUCACAGAAACCAAAAGAUCUAAUAAGUUCACGUGCAAAGAAAUGGCAUGAACUUCCAGAUGAUAUGAAGGAAGAAAGCAAAACGUCUACGACAAUAUACUCUCAAAACCAAUCGGGAAGUCAACUCGUAAAACCCGGAAAAGACGAAAGUGAACUUUUAACUGUUGAUAUUCCGAAAUUUUUUCUGAGGCCAGUUAUUCCAAUUGUGACGAUGACACAAAUUCAAUAUAUUGAUUUUGCCCAACAUAAACUUCAAAUGUUGGAAAGAUAG